GGAAAUCAUAUUUCUAUUAAAAUAUUAAUGUACAUAAAACGUCUUACACGAAACCUAAAAGGAAAUAGCUGAUUCGUUUCACUAAUUGGCUAAUGAUUGAAUACGAUGUGAGAGCCUCUCAGCCCCACGCUCUGUAACUGUUUCUUUCUCCUCGAUGAAUCUCUCCUCGGAUGGCACGACAGGAACGGUAGAUUCUGGGAGAUGUGGAACAGGCGACGCAUUGCGUGAAGAUGGUUGCUGAAGUGGCGAGAUCUGUGCGCUCUCAGGAAAAGACAACGUUUCAAGACGUGCUUCUAAUCCCUUACUAAGAGCUGCUCUUUCAAGCUCCCUAUUGCGUUCUUCGACAUAAUUUGAGGCAGGUGAAGCCUGAUUGUCAUUCUCAUCAGUCAAUAACUGUGACUGAGGUGCAUGUUGAUGGCUGAUUGCUGUCUGGAGUGGUACAGCGGAUGUUGGACGUUCGCUAAUGACGUCGCCGUAACUCAGCAAGCUGAUCCUGUGACUAGCAGGUGAAUCGUGUACGUUCGCUGGCAUUGGUGAGGUCGAGCUACUUCCCACUAAUGAUUGAUUCUGUGACGCCAAUCGAGGUGAAUGUUGGGCAUGCGGAUUGAGCGGGGACGGUGUCUGCGGCUGGUGGCUUGGUGGAGGUGAAUUUGGCGGUGACGCUGGCAAAAUAGACGAAUGUAUUGAUUGCGUAGACUGCAAUUUGCCCAUCUGUGUGUCUAAACUUGGCGGAGAAGGCGGUGGAAGAAUGAAUGAUUGCGACGGGCUGUUCAGGACAUUGCAAUCAUUGGAUGCUGCCAUUUCCACGCCUAUCGAGUCACUAGGGUGACCGCCCACAAAAGCCUCGACAGCGCCUGAUAAAGCUGGUGCAGUCGAUAAGUCGGCAGCCUCCCUAGAGCCUAGGAAACCAGAGUGUAUUGGAUGGCCAGGCUCUAUGUCCCUUUCAAAUAUAGAGGCUGCAGACGAUGACCGGAUUGAACUGCCAGGGGACGUUGAAAUAGAUGGCGACGUCUGCAGCAAUCUAGAAAGCCUAAGAUUGUGUCCUAAAUCUGCGUUUGCGUCACUCAGGCUGUCUUCCAUUGUACGGUGAGAUUAGAAGAAAAAACCGGGCAAAUGACCAAAAUGACGACGUCGGGCAAUUUUUAAAUUUAUUGCUCCUGCGCGUGUGUAUAAGUUUCAGCAUAUAUUUUAUGCUUUACUUGCUUCUUCAGACUCGUUCUCUGGCUGUAAUUGUCUGCAUGUGUGACAAUAACCGAUGCAAAGGUGAGCGAAGGGGGAUAAUGGGAUGCUGAAAGUGUGACGCUUUCUUUUACUUUGAGAAUGUUCUUUUGCGUCUACGCCAAGUUAUCCAGGAAUGUCAGAGUCACGGUAGCAAUUCCUUCGUCGAUAUAAAUUGUAGUACUAUAUAAUGCAUGCUAUACAAGAUCCCAAUUUCUGGCUAUUUACCAUGGGUUACCCCUCGUUUUCACCCAAAUGGUCCGUGCGUUCUCUGUUCCUAAUUUAGUAACGACAGCGAAGCGAAAUAAUUGAGCGGAUUGAAGUUCCUUAGGACUGUACGGUCAUUUUAUGCUAUAAUAUACCGUAAAAACUAUAUAUAGUUGUCUCAGCCGAACUGACAAACACAUAAAUUUGUGUCGCAGUCGCGCUAGGAACGCUAUUGGAGCCUUGGUUAUUAUAGGCGUCUUUUAAUCCAUCAACCAUAACCAGAUGUUCAAAAAGCUUGCAUACCUGAGCAUACUCGGUUUAGCUGUUGCGCAAUCCAGCGUUACUGAUGAAGCCUCUGCUGCUAAGAGCACAGACACUGCAACUGAAUGUAAGGCUUACUCUGCACCAAUUGUUAAGGAUGUCCAAGACAAAUUCCCUACAAUCUGGCAACCAGCUACUAUCGUAGAUGGCGAUGAUGAGGCUCAGGCAAAGUUUGACGAGAUCAAGCAAGUCCUCCCUUCGAACAUUAAGCCAAAGGGUACAAUGAGCGGUGAUUUCUCAGAUGUCACCCCAACCUACGACAAAUCCGACCCAGAUUGUUGGUACACAUUUAACAAGUGUACAAAGCCAAAGAUCGAAGGUCUCUCAGACGAUCUUGCUGAUCUCCCAGAGCCAGAGACCUGGGGUCUUGGUUUCGAUGAUGGUCCAAACUGCUCACACAACAAGUUCUAUAACUUCCUCCAAGAGAACAACUUAACUGCUACUAUGUUCUACAUUGGUUCAAACGUUAUGAACUGGCCAUAUCAGGCUCAACGUGGUAGGGACGAUGGCCACCAACUCUGUGUUCACACUUGGUCCCACCACUACAUGACUUCUUUCGAUGAUGAGGGUGCCUUUGCUGAACUCUACUAUUCCAUCCAAGCUGUCAAGCAAGUCACAGGUGUCACUCCAACCUGCUGGAGACCUCCAUUUGGUGAUGUAGAUGACCGUAUCCGUCUCAUUGCUGAAGGUCUUGGUUUGAGAACUGCACUUUGGCGUUACGACUCAAACGACUGGCGUGUCGGUGCCACAACUGGUGCAGUAUCCAAGGAAGAUGUUGAGAAGAACUACGAGGAUGUCAUCAACGCAGCCAAGAAUGGUACUUUCAAGGAAGAGGGUACUAUCAUGUUGACUCAUGAAAUCACUGGUGAAACUAUGGACAUCUUCAUGGAUAUGUACCCUAAGAUCAAAGAUGCCUUCAAGUACGUUGCUCCAUUCUACGCUGCCACCAACACCACAAACCUCUACGUCGAAACUGGCGAUGAUGUUAAGCAAGGUGAGACAUUCUCUGAAUAUGUAAAGAAUGUCUACGGAGAUGACGUUGAAGCUGCUUCAACCACUAACACUAACUCACAUCCAAACCCUACCGUAACUGGUACACAAGGACCAUUAGCUACAAUUGCUAACCCAACUGUUGCAUCAGUUGAAGGUGCAGCUGCUUCAGACGUCACUGGUGACGGUGACUCAGGUGCAUUCUCAUUUGCAAGCUUCUACCCAGUUGUAACCAUCUCUACAUUGAUGGUCGCAACAUUAUUUGUCGCUCUUUAAAGUGGAAUAUCAUUUGUAUAGACGUUGUCGGGAGGCGAUUCUAUACAUGCGUUUAAAAUAAUUGGAAUUUUAUUAUUUAUUUCAAUCAUUCAUCUGCGUCGACUUUUAUAUCAAUACGGAAUCUUUCUUGAAUUAAUUUACAAUUGCUUGAUUAUAUAUUUAUAGACAACAUCAAAUCAAGCUCUUUUCAUACUAUACAUGGACUGUUC